CAUCUUGCCGAACAACAUAAACAAAGGGUGAGGGAACUCGCGGAAAGAGAGCAGUUCUGCCUUUGUUGUGUUUGUGAAGCGUUGAUGGAAAUUAUUUCUUGCGAAAGCUUGGUGCAGUCUUCGUAUUAUCUGUAUUGCAAUCUUGAAGUACACCACUUGGGAUUAAUUUCUGUAAACUACAGUCCACCGAAAUCUGAACCUGUGUGUCAAGCUCUAUUUCUUGGAUAUUCCUCGUGAGUGAAGCAGUAGGAGUGGUUUGUGAUUUGCUGUUACAUUGGAUUCGCACUGAUUUAUAUUGGAGGAGCCGGAAACGUGUGCUUGUCCUCGCUGGAAUUCUGGAAAAUACUCUGUGGCAGCUGACAGACCAACAGUAACUGUGCACCACUUGGCAUUGGGACAAAAGUCCCCCCUCCUCCGUCGGCCCUUUGUUUGUAAGAUCUCUGAAUAUAGAGAGAGAGAAGGACAAAGAACGAGAGGAGAAGGAGAAAGAGAAGGAGAAAUUUGGCCUGGGUUUACCGACGACCUCCACCAGCAGUGAUGUCGAAAAUCAGAUCCAGACGCUGGACACGUGCCAGGCAAUGUUCCUGCCGGUGGGCGCCUCCAUCUCCCUGCUCAUCAUGUUCUUGUUCUUCGACUCGCUGCAGGUCGUCUUUGCCAUUUUCACAGCCGUUCUGGCCACCAUAGCUUUUGCUUUCCUCCUCCUUCCCAUGUGCCAGUAUUUUGUACAGCCUUGCUCCAGCGGCCAAAAGAUCUCAUUUGGAGUGUGUGGCCGUUUCACGGCGGCUGAGAUCAUCUCGUUCUGUCUGUCGUUCACCAUCGUCUGUGUGUGGGUCCUCACCGGUCACUGGCUACUCAUGGAUGCGCUGGGCAUGGGUCUGUGUGUGGCGUUCAUCGCCCUGGUGCGACUUCCCAGCCUCAAGGUGUCCACGCUUCUACUGGUGGGCCUUCUGGUCUACGACGUCUUCUGGGUGUUUUUCUCGUCCUACAUCUUCAGCACCAAUGUGAUGGUCAAGGUCGCAACGCGGCCCGCAGAUAACCCGGUUGGGUUGUUUGCCAAGAAGCUUCACCUGACGGGGCUAGUGAGGGACGCUCCCAAGCUGUCGCUGCCUGCCAAGCUGGUGUUUCCCAGCACCCAGAACUCCAGCCACUUCAACAUGCUGGGACUGGGAGAUAUUGUGAUGCCAGGACUACUGCUGUGCUUCGUGCUGCGCUACGACACAUACAAGAAGUCCCAGCUGUGCUCGGCAGAAGCCGGCGUGCCGCCCCCGCCCAACUACGUACAGCGGAUCUCCUACUUCCACUGUUCCCUCAUCGGGUACUUCUUAGGUCUGCUGACAGCGACGGUGUCCUCGGAAGUGUUCAAGGCCGCUCAACCCGCCCUGCUGUACCUGGUGCCGUUCACACUGCUUCCACUGCUUACCAUGGCCUACCUCAAGGGCGACCUGCGGCGAAUGUGGCACGAGCCGUUCCUUGCCACCCCACCGUCUAAGCACAUGGAGGUUUAACCCCGGCUUGGACUAGACCAGUUUUAACGACAGUUGCGACUAGAGAGGUUGAAUGGACGACGCGGACUAAAGAAGUUCAACACACAGACUUGUACGACCAAUACACAGACUUGUACGACAUUGACUAGAUAGUUUUAAUGUCGGCUCGGCCCAGAUAGGUUUACCGUCGGCUUGACGUCGGCUUGACGUCAGCUAGGACCCGAUAGGUUUAGAACUUUGCACCCACCUGGCGCAGAGAGCGCACAACACUUAUCGCCACGGACCAAGAUGCCGAGGCAGUACACGCUAUAUCACACCGGCGCUGAUCGGCGUCCCGUGCGGAAACGGGACGGCUUCUUACCGUGGCUGAUCGGUGUCUCGUUGGGGUAUAGUGUUAACGUUGGCUUGGACUAGAUCGGUUUAACGUCGACUUGGACUAGAAGUUUAACAAAUGACCUUGAUUCGAGAGCUGAUAGAAGACUGACUGACCUGCGCAGAGCGUGCGUGUACGAGUGCAUGAGUUUUCUCGGGUCAACGUUGUCUGUUGUCGUACAAGUAGCCGUGAUUUGUACGCUGAAUGAACGCCGGAAUGUCGCCGACAUAGCGUGUGUGAGCUUCUGGGCCGGGCUAUACUGCUUUCCUACCGGAGCCUCGUUCUCAGAUUUCGCAAGAAACUUCCAUUCUUGGCUUCGGUCAUUUGUGAGUGAUUGAGAAACUUGUUCGCUCAUUUAUUGAUUCGUUCAUGGAUUCAUUCAUUUGUUCGUGCGUCAGCCAGAGUGAAUAAAGAGGGAGCAUGAAAAGACAUGGAUAGGAGAGUGUUUGCUUCAUCACACUUCAUCUUUUUUGUAAAUCAGAGGAUUCGAAUUGUGGCCAUAUGUGUGUGGCGGCGGUGCUCUGUAUAGUAGAGCCAGAUUGAUGUCUGCUGGCGAGUGUGGUACGGAGAAGUACGGUUCUAUUGGUCAGCCUCAUCGUCCAAUCAAGUUCCAGCAGACAGAAUCAUCUACGAGUGUACUACGGAAACGUAGGGUUCUAUUGGUCAGCCUCAUCGUCCAAUCAGGUUCCAGCAGACAGAAUCAUCUACGAGUGUACUACGGAAACGUAGGGUUCUAUUGGUCAGCCUCAUCGUCCAAUCAGGUUCCAGCAGACAGAAUCAUCUACGAGUGUACUACGGAAACGUAGGGUUCUAUUGGUCAGCCUCAUCGUCCAAUCAGGUUCCAGCAGACAGAAUCAUGUACAAGUGUACCAGAAAAGUAAGGGUGAGCGGGCCUGUCAGUGGAGUGGAGAGUGAACAUGUUUCCGGUAUUUCGCCAGGUCGGUGGAAUGUGAGGCGACUGUCACUCUUUUUGUGGCGAGACUCUCACUCUUUUGUGGCGCGACUCUUUUUUUAUUCCGUUUGGGAGGCUGAGAGAAAGAACUUGAACUCUAAAGGAAGUGUUGUUUGGACCGUCUGCUUAAGAUGGUUCACCCCACCCCACCCCACCGGGCCAGUGAAAGGUCGUCGUAGCAACAAACACAAGCGAAGGUGAAGGCUGCAGAGAAAGUUGGAUCACCACUGGGCGGGCAGCCAGCCUGCUGCAUGGUUACCAUGGAUACCAAGCAUACAUGGUUACUAUGGAUACCAAGCAUACAUGGUUACUAUGGAUUCAAAGGAUACAUGGUUGCCAUGGAUACCAAGCAUACAUGGUUACUAUGGAUUCAAAGGAUACAUGGUUACCACGGAUACCACGGAUACAUGGUUACCACGGAUACCACAGUCACCUCUGUAGCAGAUGUUUGACCUCUGUAAAGCGAGGAAUAGUGCUUGAUUAAGAUAAUGAUAAUGAUGAUAAUAAUAACGAUAGUUGCAUUGAUUUAGAGCCUUUUAUCCACGCUCUAUGCGCUUUACAAUUGUCGUUAUUAUUACCGUACGUAUUGUUAUUGGAUUUGUGUUUGUGACAGUGAAAUGAGGAAUAGUGUUGAAUAAUAAUAAUAAUAAUUAUAAUAAUAUUAAUAUUAAUAAUGAUUAUAAUUGCAUUGACGUAGUGCAAAUGUACACUGUACAGCAUGCUCUAUGGGCUAAUUAUUGUUAUCAUGACGAUGGGGAAGUAUGAUGAAUACUAUUAUUAUUAUUAUUAUUGUUACUAUUAUAAUUAUUAUUGUUAUUAUCAUUUUUGUUAUUUUUAUUGUUAUUAUUAUUAUUAUUAUUAUUGUUGUUAUGGUUAUUAUUGUUUGAUUAUGAUUAUUAUUAAUCCUCGUCAUUUCCCUACUUGCGUGUGUGUAACGGAAGGCAUGUUCACCUGGAGGGACUAGUGUCUGUGGUUCUCACGGUCCUCGUUCUUGUUGGUAACCCAUGCGGUCAAGCUGUCUGUGCUUUGUUCUGCGACACGACGGGAGGGGGUUAGGAGCGAAGGGGUCAGGGGUGAGGGGUCGCGGGUGAGGGGUG